AUGGCAACUAUCACAGAGACAGCGCCUGUGGCCGGGUCUACUACUCGGGAAAUUGACCUUUCCAAGUUCCCAGACGGUUUGAAGACCACAGGACAACACCCUCCUGUCUACGAGAAAGUCCGUCCUUAUUCGGACUUCCCCAAGAAAAUCGAGGGCCCUACAGUGUGGAAAGCCGAAGAUUACAGUCAAGAUAUGGCAAAGUGGACCCACCAGUUCACAGAGGAAGAGAUUAAGGAGAUCGGCGACGCAUCCGAUAAGUAUAUCCAAGACAAAACACCUCUCGAGGGUAUCUCCAAGAGCAACUUCCCUCUUCCUAAGCUCUCCAAGCGUCUCGAGGAGCUCCGAAGAGUCUUGAUUGAUGGAACUGGCUUCUGGAUGUUUAGGGGAAUUCCAGUCGAUGAAUGGGAUCUUCAAAAAUGCGCUACUGCAUACAUGGGCCUGGGAACGUACCUAGGAUAUUUCACCAGCCAAAAUGGACGUGGUCAUGUCCUUGGACACGUCAAGGAUCUCGGCGAAGACCCCACCAAGACUGACCGAGUUCGCAUCUACCGCACUAAUGCUCGUCAAUAUUUCCACACUGAUGGAUCUGACAUUGUCGGUCUGCUGUGCAUUGCCAAAUCUAAGAUCGGUGGAGAAUCCGACAUCGCAUCCACCCACAACGUCUUUAACACUCUACAAGAGAGACAUCCAGACGUGAUCGAAACAAUGACAACACCAAACUGGUAUUUUGACCGCAAGGGCGAAGUCUCCGAAGGUGACGAGGAGUGGAUCCGAGGCGCAAUUCUGUACCUGGAGAACGAACGUGCAGGCGCAAAUGCCCGGGUCUACGCUAAAUUCGACCCUAACAACCUAACCUCCUUGGCAAGAUUCAACUCUGGACCCGAUGCAAAGAUUCCUCCCCUUUCUGAGAAACAGAAGUACGCUUUGAAGAUGUGGGAGGAGACAUGUGCGGAGCUGUCUCUUCAUAUGAUUCUUGGACCUGGAGAUAUCCAGUUUGUGAGCAACUCUCAUGUCUUCCACGCCCGUACUGCCUAUGAGGAUCACCCAGUUGGUGCUGUUGAUGCCAAUGGCCGUCCUAUUCGUGCACGCCACUUGAUGAGACUUUGGCUUUCGGCACCUGAGUCUGAGGGUGGUUGGAAGCUGCCUUUCCCUGAUACCUUGGAGAAGAAGCGUGGUGGUAUUCAAGUUAAUGACCAGGCUCCUUACUGUCCAUUGGAUGCGGAAUAG